AUGGAGAUCAUACGUGUUGGAGAUAUCCGCUACGAGGAACACAGCAAUGGCUGGAAUAUUCUAUAUGGGCACAAGCCAUCCUCAAUCUUGCUUCCUAGAACUGCGGAAGAGGCAGCGUCUUGUCUGAGGAAUGUUAUUCGCCGAAAAGAGAAAUUUCGGAUUCGAUCUGGCGGCCAUGAUGUCAACGGCUAUUCUACAGCAGACGGUGUUAUCGUUAUUGAUCUGCGCCAUCUCGACUCUAUCGACAUCAGCGAUGACAGUACCCAGGUCAAGUUCGGCCCUGCAGUAAAGUUCAUGUUUGUUAUCUCUCAGAUGCCACAGGCUCGCCAUCCCAUAGUUACUGACUAUAUAGUCAGUCAUCUUUCCUAG